AUACGUUUUUUGCCAUUUGUUUUAUGUGCUGUGUGUAUCGUGCCAGUCGUCAAGUGUUCGUCGGGACAUGCAUUUCUGGAUUGACAAACGCUCGCAGCAAUGCGGUUUUGGGCGCUCACGUGUCGCCGCCUCCUUGUCGCACGCGGGCGGCGGACUCAGCUACGGGCAUCCGCCACGGCGCAGCAAGUCCAGCAGCAACAGCGCCCACAGCAUGGCUGCUGGUAGCAGCGGUAGCAGUGGCAGCCACAACCAAGCGCUGGCCUCGGUGCAUCGGACGCUAGCGCCUUAUGGAGGCGACUGCCAGACGGGCGCAGGCACCAGUCGCCAGACGUCGCAUUACUCUAGCAGCAAUAAUAAUGCACAUGCCAGCAGCCAACAGCAUCAACAGCAUCACCAGCCGCUGUUGCAUCACAGCAGCAACAACAACAACAGCAGCAAUGCUGCCAUGACAACAACAAAUGCCAGCAACAACAACAAUGCCAAUGCCAAUGCCAAUGUGACAGCCUCGUCAGCAGCGGUGCUAACAGGCAGCGGAACAAUUGUUCCGCUGGUCGCACAUGGCUCACAUUAUCAUCAGCACAGCACGCGCUAUCAGCCCAGGCCACAGCAACAGUUGCAGCAGCAGCUGCAUCAGCAGCAGCAGCAACAUUAUAGCUACAGUUAUCAUCAUCCGCAAUUUGGCAACAUGGCUGUGCCUGUGCGGCAAUAUGAACAUCACCCACAACAACAACAGCAGCAACAACAGCAGCAGCAACAUCACCAACAACAUCACCAACAACAACAGCAACAACUUCAGCAACAUUCGGGCGUCUAUGCGGAUGAUGCCUAUAGCGCCUAUCAUCAUCAUCAUAACCACAGCAGCAGCUUCAACAGCUGCAACAGCACCAACAACAGUCGAUAUGCAACACCUCGGCGGCACAACUCCAGCAGCAACAUGCGACACGCAACAGCUGUGGCAACAGCAACUGCAGCAGCCUCAGCGUCUGCCUCGGCCACGCCCAUACCGCCAACACAAACACAAGCCGCGGCACAAAGCAACCAGCUGCAGCAACAGCAUCAUGCGAUGUUGCAACAUGCCGAUUCGCAGAUGCUGCCCAGUCAUCUGAAGUGCGGGAUGUGCGCCUCGCUGGUGCUGGCCUCGGUUUUUGUGGCGGGCGCAAAGAUCUACUUUGAUCACCAGGGCACCGGACUGGAGGUGCUCAUUUUUUGUGCUUUCUCGGCCACUUUCUUUUUGGCUGCCUGCAUGGUGUCCCUGUGCCGCAUACCCAAGGGAUUGCUACCCAGCCGCAGCGAUGGGCGCGCCGUUUGUCACAGCCGGGCCGUGAAUGCUGGCGGCAAUGCCAGCAGCAGCUGCAUGCUGGAGCUGAACAAUGUCAGGUAUUUGGAUGGGCGACAGGUGGAGGUGAGUGCGGAAACGGCGGCCGCAGCUGCCGCUGGACCGCCGCCAUAUCAUAUAGCAAUAUUGUUGCCGGAACAGACACCGACGGUGCUGGGAAAACAGGUGCCACUGGAUGAGUCGCCGCCGCCGUCCUAUGACAAGAUACUCGUGUAGGUUUGGCUUGGGUUAGCGCUUUGGUUUUAUUUAGGAAUUGAGCAUCAAUUUCAGUUAGGAACCAACUAUAAACCCAAUCCGACAUACAGAAUACUUUUGCUCAAUAUUUUUCUAAUGAUAUCAAAAUUUAUAUAAACAUAU